AUGACUCGAGAAAUUCCAACAGAAGAGGCAACUGUGCUUGAUUAUAUGAAUCAAAAUAUUGGUAAUAUUAUUUUGAAUUGGACACAACGACCUCAUCCUCUUUCAAAUUCACUGUACCAUAGACUUCAAGGUCAGUAUUGUCAGCUUGAAUUACUCAACACAAAAGCAGAUAAUACUAUCAUCGAACAACUCUAUCAUGCAUUUAAAUCCAACGAAGAAACUCAUUUUAAAUAUUUAAAAUAUGGUCCAUUUAAAACAGUCGAUGAAUUCAAGCAACUCAUAGCUACCAAAGAAAAGCCGAGUAGUGAUACUGUAUUAUAUACGAUAUUCGUCCAUGAUAUAGCAGUAGGGUUUAUUAGUUAUAUAAGAAUAAAUCAAGAUCAUGGUACUAUCGAAAUUGGAAAUGUAAAUUUCAGUCAGGAUUUAGUAAGAACUCGGCAAGCCACUGAAGCAAUGUUUUUACUAAUACAAUUUGCAUUCGAUACACUUGGCUACAGACGAAUAGAAUGGAAAUGUAAUGCUUUCAAUAUUAAAUCACGGCAUGCAGCAAUUCGAUUAGGUUUUCAAUAUGAAGGUACAUGGUUGAAAGCAGAAAUUUGUAAAAAUCGAUCAAGAGACAAUGCAUGGUUUAGUAUUGUAGAUGAUGAAUGGCCACCAAUAAAAGAAGAAUUGCAACGAUGGUUAAAUUCAAAUAACUUUGAUUUGCAUGGACAACAAUUAACUAAAUUAAAUGCCAGUCAAGUCAAUCCACGUCAUAGUAAAAUUAUCGAUCUCAACUAA